CUGAGGCUGCUCUACACAAGACUUCCACUGCGACUUCUGACUAAUAUCAUUACAACAUUAUCGUUGGAUACGACAUGUCGGAUAGGUCAAAUUUUACUGUCAAGUCCAAAGUUAAGGAACAUCUACGCCAGUCCCUGGAAGACAAAUGCUCGAAGAUCGGAGGACGGCAAAUAUUCUUCGGACUGAAUGACUCUAUGAUAAGGAUUCUGACCCCUGUAAAAGAGGUCGUGACCCCUGUACCGGGAAUGAUGACUCCGCCGGAAACACCGGAACUCACCUCCUCAGGGAAUACGAUCACAUGGACGCUCUCAAAUCCGGAAAACUGCCCAGAGAGUUUAUCGGAUCAAGACAUUACAGAUGUUAAUAUAUACAGAAGCAGACGUGUUCUUGAGACCGAUGUCUGGUCAAACAUCGAAUACAAUAAUACCAGAAACAAGGUUACUGCUACUCAACCUAAGUCUGCCUCAACAACAAAACCAAACCGUCGUAUAAAAAUAUCCGGGUCUUCCACUGGACAGGAAUCGGACUCAGCAGAUACUGUGGCAUCUGAAAGAAAUAAUAAGAGUUCUCGUCUGUCCGGAGGGCGAGACCGCCAACAGGAUGAUCAAAUAGAAAGAAAAAGGAAAGUGGACACGAAGAACAGGAAGCAAUCAGUUUCUGGACAAAAAAUGGCGCAGCAUGGACACAAGGUUUCUGAAAUUGCGUUACCAGCAAUACAGUUGCCACACAGGAAGAAUGAUUGUAAUGAUCAGAAGCAAAAUAAAUCUGGUAGGAGAGGAAAUGGUUCUGGCUCUAGUCUGAGGUAUACAAACAUUUCAAUGAAGUGCACUCUUCCUCCGCUUGAAGAACGUUCCCAAAAUAAUGCAAAGAAAGCUUUCAAAACAAAAUCAAACCGAUCAAAUGAAAUUCCUGUACUUCCAUCCAAUCAAAAGGCUCAAAGUGCUGUCGGAGGACAAACUAGAACAUCUGUCGCUAGACUUCCGCCUAUAAAGUCUAUUUCCGGUAGAGAUUGCGGUCAAAGAGGCUCUGCGCGAGAAGCACAAUUGACAAGGUCUUUACGUCUCCAUGAUACAGAAGAAGGCGGGAUUUCUAACAUGAGACAGGACGGAAUCAGUACUCGUCUUGACCACAUCCGCCUUCCACGUCUAGAUACCAACAAACUUCCGGUAACAGACAGGUCAAAAUCUAGAGGGAAAGAAUCUGUCCAGAGCAAGCGAAGAAGAAACUGAUUCAAGAAUAUCAGUACCGGACUUUAUUCAAAUUAA